AUGCGUUUUGGACGGCUGCUCUUUCAAAGCCAUGUCUUGGUGUUUCUCUUUGUUGUGGUGGAGCACGCACGCGGAGACGUGAGCUACCGUGUGCAAGAGGAGCUAAAGCGCGGAUCCGUGGUUGGAAAUAUCGCCAAGGAUCUCGGCCUGGAGGUGAAUCGACUGUCGGCUCGGAAAGCUCGUGUUGAUGUUGAAGGGAGCGAGAAGCGAUAUUGUGGAAUUAACCUUGAAAAUGGUGAUUUAGUUAUAGAGGAACGAAUUGACAGAGAGGAGCACUGUGGACAGAAGCCUUCAUGCGUUCUGAAAUUCGACUUGCUGUUAGAAAACCCACUGGAGUUACAUCGGCUGUCUCUGCAGGUGGAGGACAUCAACGACAAUGCACCAUAUUUCCAGAAAGGCAUUAUUAAGAUAGAAAUUAGAGAAUCUGCUGUUAAAGGAGCUAAAUAUCGCAUUAAUGCAGCACAUGAUGAAGACAUAGGGAAGAAUUCCGUUCAAAACUACGUUCUGCAACAAAACCCCCACUUUGUGUUCAAUAUUCAAACGACCAGUGUUGGUAGUAAGUAUGGAGAGCUGGUUUUAGAGAAGGAGUUAGACCGAGAGGAGCAGCAGGAGAUGAAGUUAUUGCUCACUGCUGUGGAUGGUGGUUCACCGCAGAGAUCCGGGACCGUAACCAUUCAUGUUAUUGUACUCGAUGCUAAUGACAACGCUCCGGUGUUUUCUGAGACCGUGUAUACAGCCCGUUUACCAGAGAACUCGCCUGUAAAAACGACAGUUAUCACUGUCAGUGCAACAGACGCCGACGAGGGCUUCAACGGCGAGGUUACAUAUGAAUUUAGUAGAAUUUCUGAUAAAUCACAGAAAAUGUUUUCACUUAAUGAGAAAACUGGGGAACUUAUUGUGACAGGAGACAUUGAUUAUGAAGAAGGUUCAAAAUAUGAAGUGUUUGUUGAGGCUAAGGAUGGUUAUGGCCUCUCAACAGAGGCAAAGGUUAUAAUUGAUAUCACCGAUGUGAAUGACAACGCACCAAUUAUAUAUGUGAAAUCCCUAAAUAGUCCCGUAUCCGAAAGCACGUCACCUGGUACAGAGGUGGGCAUCAUUAACGUCCAGGACAGAGACUCGGAGAACAACAGACAGGUUCGCUGCUCCAUCCAGCAAAAUGUCCCUUUCAAGUUAGUUCCAUCCAUUAAAAACUAUUACUCUCUGGUGACCACAGGACAACUGGACCGUGAACUAGUGUCUGAUUACAACAUUACCAUCAGUGCCACUGACGAGGGUUCUCCUCCUCUGUCCUCCUCUAAAACCGUUCACUUAUCUGUAGCUGACGUCAACGACAACCCACCUGUGUUUGAGGAACAGUCCUACAGCGCAUAUGUGAGUGAAAACAACAAACCUGGCUCCACCUUAUGUUCCGUUGCUGCUCGAGACCCGGACUGGAGACAGAACGGUACCGUGAUCUACUCUCUGUUACCUGCUGAGGUGAACGGUGCCCCGGUGUCGUCCUAUGUGUCAGUGAACGGAGACACGGGGGUGAUCCACGCUGUGAGGUCGUUUGAUUACGAACAGUUCAGGAGUUUUAAAGUGCACGUGAUGGCCAGAGACAACGGUUCUCCUCCUCUCAGCAGCAACGUGACCGUCAGUGUGUUCGUGUCGGAUGUGAACGACAACUCUCCUCAGAUACUGUACCCCGCCCCGGAGGGCAACUCGUUCAUGACCGAGCUGGUCCCCAAAGCUGCACACGGAGGCUCUCUGGUGUCCAAAGUCAUAGCGGUGGACGCGGACUCCGGACAGAACGCCUGGCUGUCCUAUCACAUAGUCAAAUCCACUGAUCCGGGACUUUUCACCAUCGGUGUCCACAGCGGAGAGAUCAGGACGCAGAGGGACGUUUUAGAGUCUGACAGCAUGAAGCAGAACCUCAUUGUGUCGGUGAAAGAUAACGGACAGCCCUCUCUGUCUGCCACCUGUUCCAUGUAUUUACUGAUCUCUGAUAACUUGGCUGAGGUGCCAGAACUGAAGGACAUUUCUUACGAUGAGAAGAAUUCCAAGCUGACGUCGUAUCUGAUCAUUGCUCUGGUGUCCGUGUCCACGUUUUUCCUGACCUUCAUCAUCAUCAUCCUGGGUGUGAGGUUCUGUCGUAGGAGGAAGCCCAGACUGUUGUUUGACGGAGCAGUAGCCAUCCCCAGCGCUUAUCUCCCUCCUAAUUACGCAGAUGUUGACGGCACGGGAACUUUACGCAGCACUUACAACUAUGACGCCUACCUGACAACAGGCUCUAGAACCAGUGACUUUAAGUUCGUGUCAUCCUAUAAUGACAACACGCUGCCUGCUGACCAGACUCUGAGGAAGAGUCCUUCAGACUUUGCUGAUGCUUUUGGAGAUUGUGAUGACUCUCCUGAGGUAGGAACAAAUGUGUUUGCUUAGUGUUUUUGUGAUGUUG